UCCAAAUGGAGGGAUGUUUUGGGAACCUCAUGGGCCAGAGGUGAUCAGGGGCCACAGCUUCUCCAUCAUCUGCUCCAUUCAUCCACAGUAUCCUGGAGGCCUCUUCYAUCUGGACUUCUCUGGGUCCAACAGAACMGAGACUACGCCAGCAGUCAACCACUCUGCCUGCUUCCACUUCCCUGUUGCAGAGUAUACAGACCAGGGGAAAUACAGCUGCAGCUAUGGAGUCAACAUCUCCACCCGGUCAUUCAGGUCGGCUAAUAGUGAACUAGCUGUCACCAUUAGAGCAUCUAUGGUCCCCAUCAUUGCCUCUGGAGGGUCUGGUGGGCUAGCACUCCUGUUUCUGCUUCUGCUUGUCAUCUGUCUAGUCAGCAGGAGGACAAGGAGGAGCAGCAAGCCAUCUACAGAGACUGACCAGAGAGAAUGUAUUGACAACAGACACAACAGAGGGGAGGACAACAAAGAGGGAGAGGACUAUGUGAAUUUUGAAAACGUCUGUUACGAGAGAGGUCUAGAGGACUAUGUGCAUUUUGAAAACGUCUGUUACGAGAGAGGUCUGGAGAGAGGGAAGAGGGAAAAUAAGAAUGAGGAGGAGAAAGGGCACAGCUAUGGGAAAUCAGAGGAUGUCUAUGACAACAAAGAGGAAAACACUCAUGAAAAAAUGAACAGUGAAGAUGAUGAAGAAGAUUACGUUAAUGUCUCCGCUCAGGACAAUGCUGUAACACAGGCAGGCGCAUCAGCUGUAUAUAGCUCAAGAUCAAAAAUGUAAAAGUGGGCUGCAAAUAAAGUUGACUAAAAUCA